AUGCCACAGUCAGAGGUACGCCCAUCGAAGGCUAGGGGCCAACUUGCGAGGUAUGCAGAGGCACCUCAAAUGCCUACUACUCAGCCUGCACCAACUUCGGAAGCAGACUUUAGAGGAGCAAUUUCCAUGCUCACUCCACUAGUGGCUACCCGAAAUGGCAAUGUGCGCUCUUCACUGGAAUUGCCAGAGGAGGAGUGGGAGCAUACCUUUAACACGAGGCUAAAAGGAGCAUGGUUGGUGUCCAAAUAUGUAUGUAGACAUAUGCGCGAUGCUAAACAGGGCGGAGGGUCUGUUAUUAAUAUCUCCUCAAUGGCUGGUUUGAAUCGGGUGAUAUACGCCGGAACUCUUGCUUACUCUUCUUCAAAGAUGGCUCUUGACAUGGUCACUAAGAUUAUGGCGAUCGAAAUGGAAGUAGACAAUAUCAGAGUAAACUCAAUCGCACCAGGAUAUUUCAAAUCAGAGAUAACAGAGGGCCUUAUGCAGAUGAAAUGGUUCCAUAGUGUUACUUGGAGAACUGUUCCCCUAAGAACUUCAAGAACGAUAGAUCAGGCUCUAACAUCAGUGGUGAGGUACUUAAUCCAUGAUUCUUCAGACUAUAUUUCGGGUAAUGUCUUCAUCGUCGACGCUGGAAAUACCUUACCAGGUGUCCCCAUUUUCUCAUCACUCUAG